AUCGAUUUUUUUUCUUGCUCUUCCUCAGCCCAUCACCAUCACCGGUUCACUACUCCCACCCACCUUUCCUUCACACAAAAAAAAAUGGAAGACAUCUUUGACGGCGCUAUCGGUAUCGAUCUUGGUACCACAUACUCAUGUGUCGGUGUCUGGCAAAAUGAUCGUGUUGAAAUCAUCGCCAACGACCAGGGUAACCGGACGACCCCAUCUUAUGUCGCGUUCUCUUCGGAAGAGCGCUUGAUCGGUGAUGCUGCCAAAAAUCAAGCAGCCAUGAACCCCCGCAAUACUGUCUUUGAUGCCAAGCGUCUCAUUGGUCGUCGAUUCGAUGACCCCGAUGUCAAGAAGGACAUGGUUCACUGGCCGUUUGAAGUUGUUGAAAAAGAAGGAUCGCCUUUGAUCAAGGUUAACUACCUUGGCGAAGAAAAAACUUUCAGCCCACAGGAAGUCUCUUCCAUGGUUCUCACUAAAAUGAAAGAAAUCUCUGAGGCUAAACUUGGUAAAACCGUGAAAAAAGCAGUUGUAACGGUCCCCGCUUACUUUAACGACUCGCAACGUCUGGCCACCAAGGAUGCUGGUGCUAUUUCUGGUCUGGAUGUUCUUCGUAUCAUCAACGAGCCUACAGCUGCUGCCAUUGCUUACGGUCUUGACCGUCAAUCAAAAGCUGAGAAGAACGUCCUUAUUUUCGAUCUUGGUGGAGGAACUUUCGAUGUUUCGCUGCUCAACAUCAGCGGUGGUGUAUUCGCUGUGAAAGCUACUGCCGGUGACACCCAUUUGGGUGGUGAAGAUUUCGAUAACACCCUUUUGGAGCACUUCAAGAACGAGUUCAAGAAAAAGACCAAACACGAUAUCUCAGAAGACCCCCGUGCUCUCAGACGUCUAAGGAGUGCUUGCGAGCGUGCCAAGCGUACUCUCUCUAGUGUCACCCAAACGACUGUUGAGGUUGACUCUUUAUACCAGGGCGAAGACUUCUCUGCCAACAUCACCCGUGCUCGUUUCGAGGAGAUCAACGCAGUUAUGUUCAAAUCGACUCUCGAGCCCGUAGAGAAAGUCCUCAAAGACGCCAAAAUGCCCCGUGAGAAGGUUGACGAUAUCGUCUUGGUCGGUGGUUCUACUCGUAUCCCCAAGAUCCAGGCUCUCGUUUCAGAGUACUUCGGUGGCCGUCAGCUGAACAAGUCCAUCAACCCUGAUGAGGCCGUUGCUUACGGUGCUGCUGUUCAGGCUGCUGUCCUCACUGGUCAGACUUCCGAAAAGACCCAGGACCUCCUCCUUCUCGAUGUUGCUCCUUUGUCUCUUGGUGUUGCCAUGCAGGGUGACGUUUUCGGUGUUGUCGUUCCCCGUAACACUCCUAUCCCCACCAACAAGUCACGGACAUUCACCACCGUGGAGGACAACCAAACAACCGUCACCUUCCCUGUCUACGAGGGAGAGCGUACCCAGUGCCGUGACAAUCGUCUCCUCGGCGAGUUCGAGCUUAACGGCAUUCCUCCUAUGCCCCGCGGACAGGCUGAGUUGGUCACCACAUUCGAGGUUGACGCCAACGGUCUUUUGAAGGUAUCUGCCCAAGAUCGCGCAUCUGGCCGCAAGGCAUCCAUCAGCAUCACCAACUCUGUUGGCCGUCUGUCAUCUGCCGAGAUUGACCAGAUGAUCAAGGAUGCUGAGCAAUUCAAGCAGGCUGACAAGGAGUUCUCCGCCCGCCAUGAGGCCAAAUCUGACUUGGAAGCAUACAUUCACCAAGUCGAGGGUACCAUCACGUCUCCGGAGAUCGGCAUGAAGCUCAAGCGCGGAGCCAAGUCUCAAGUUGAGGCUGAGCUUGCACGUGCACUUGAAAAACUUGAGAUCGAAGAUUCGAGCGCUGACGAACUGAGGAAAGCUCAGCUUGGCAUCAAGCGCGCACUCCAAAAAGCAACUGCUGGUCUCCGGUGAUUUGUGGAAGAGAGACGCAGUAGAAUAUCACGCUGUUGUUGUCUUGUUGUCCCUUUCAUAGUUUGCUCUUUCAUUUUGCAUAUCCAUCCCUAAAACUUGAAGUCGAGUCAUUUCUGGUUGCAACGAAGGCAUCAGGCUACCGUCUUCCAGACUCGUAAGUAAUAGUGUCCAAAUUGUAGAGAUAUAGACGAUGCAACACGAAUAGUUAUGAUCAUAAUCAUGAUGGAUGCAAAGAUAUGCUACAGGUCAUUACGAGUCAGACGAAAUUGCUUUGUGAAUCCGUAACCCUACUUCAAGAAUCCAGAGUUCUUCGUCGGC